UUUUAAUAACUGUCACCGCAAACACAUACCGUUUUGGAAGCGUUAACUUAUUUAAUGUUAGCAUUACAGUUUAGUUCAACCGUGCAUUCUGAAUGAUGUCUAGGCAGACUCAAGCGGCCACAGACACCCUAAACAUGUCAGCCAACUUGGAAAUGUCUUCAUGUGUUGCUAUAUUUCGUUUUGUUUGUUUGCAACCAUUUACCGUUUCGUGUGUUUUGAGUUAGGGGUCGCCUGUGGAUUCCAUACUGCUAAGUUAGCAAUAGCACAUAGCAUCAACCGACAUCCUCGGGAAGUAGCUUUUAAUAUUAUGCGCAAACGCAAUUUAACACAGGUGCAGGCACUUCUUCUUUUAGUAUAUGUAUAAUGUGUUUCUGUAACAACUUUUGAUUAACCUCAAUGAAGCCACAUUCGUAGCAUAACAUUGUAAAUGGUGGUUAACGUUUGGUAGCUAGCUAAGUGUUCUGCCUUCGCAUCCGGUUCUGUAUAUCUGCUGAAACUGCUAACAACAAACAGUUAGCUUAUCUUAACUACUUGUUAAUCAAGCGAAGAAUGUAGCUCCAAAUAAAUCACUCACAGGGAGUGAUCUGAUUAACUGUACUAACUUCAAAUGAACUGAUAGGACUGGCAUUGGGGUUAAUUGGACUUGAAGCUAAUGUUUAUAGUCAAGUCUGAGCCGCUGUCUUGCUGAUCCCGUAAAACACCAAUAGUUCUGCGUUCUUGGUUUCCCCAAGUAAUCCUCAUAAGGUUAAUACAGUUAGUGCGAUGCCAUUUGAAAACCGUCCUUCAUCUAGCUGCUGCCUUCUGUGAAAGCUGACUACCAAACCAACUGUUGUAGUUUACGAACACAUACAGAUGAAUGAACAAAACAGGGAAUGAGGACUUGAAUUAACCAAUUUGCAAUCUAGCUAGUCUUUGUAUUCCAUUCAUUCUCCAAACCCCACGGGAUGCAACAGACAAGUCAACCCCAAGCUGUGGGACCCAACGUUUUUCUUCAGUGCAUGGACGCAAAGCUAAUGCGCAGGGCCACUAGCGCACGUCAAGACGCCACUGGAAUGGACAUCACCAGCCGCUGUACUCUGGGGGACCCCAACAAGCUCCCUGAAGGGGUCCCCCAGCCUGCACGCAUGCCCUACGUCUCGGACAAACACCCGCGACAGACCCUGGAGGUGAUCAACUUGCUGAGAAAACACCGUGAGCUCUGUGACGUGGUGCUGGUGGUGGGUGCCAAGAAGAUCUACGCUCACCGUGUCAUCCUGUCUGCCUGCAGCCCGUACUUCAGGGCGAUGUUCACUGGAGAGCUGGCAGAGAGCAGGCAGACUGAAGUGGUGAUCCGCGACAUCGAUGAGAGAGCCAUGGAGCUGCUCAUUGACUUUGCCUACACAUCACAGGUGACGGUAGAGGAGGGAAACGUGCAGACGCUGCUCCCCGCCGCCUGCCUUCUGCAGCUGGCUGAGAUCCAGGAGGCCUGCUGCGAGUUCCUCAAGAGGCAGCUGGAUCCCUCCAACUGUCUGGGCAUCAGGGCCUUCGCAGACACACACUCCUGCCGAGAGCUGCUGCGCAUCGCAGACAAGUUCACCCAGCACAAUUUUCAGGAGGUAAUGGAAAGUGAGGAGUUCAUGCUGCUGCCUGCCAACCAGUUGAUUGACAUCAUUUCCAGCGAUGAGCUCAAUGUGCGUAGCGAGGAGCAGGUUUUCAACGCUGUCAUGGCCUGGGUGAAGUACAGCAUCCAGGAGCGCAGACCACAGCUACCCCAGGUCUUGCAGCAUGUCCGUCUGCCGCUGCUCAGCCCCAAGUUCCUGGUGGGAACUGUCGGGUCAGACCCUCUCAUAAAAAGUGACGAAGAGUGCAGAGACCUGGUUGACGAGGCUAAGAAUUACCUGCUGCUACCACAGGAGAGGCCACUCAUGCAGGGUCCCAGAACACGGCCGAGGAAACCUAUUCGCUGUGGAGAAGUCCUAUUUGCAGUUGGAGGUUGGUGCAGUGGUGAUGCCAUCUCCAGCGUUGAGCGUUAUGAUCCCCAGACCAACGAGUGGCGGAUGGUGGCGUCGAUGAGUAAACGGCGGUGUGGAGUGGGUGUCAGUGUUCUGGACGACUUGCUGUAUGCGGUGGGAGGUCACGAUGGCUCGUCGUACCUCAACUCUGUGGAGAGAUACGAUCCUAAGACCAAUCAGUGGAGCAGUGACGUGGCCCCUACUAGUACAUGUCGUACCAGCGUAGGGGUGGCUGUCCUCGGAGGUUAUCUGUAUGCUGUAGGGGGACAGGAUGGGGUUUCCUGUCUCAACAUAGUAGAAAGGUAUGAUCCUAAGGAGAACAAAUGGACUCGUGUGGCCUCCAUGAGCACCAGGAGGCUGGGUGUAGCCGUGGCGGUGCUCGGGGGCUUCCUGUACGCUGUAGGAGGGUCUGAUGGGACGUCACCAUUAAAUACAGUGGAGCGCUACAACCCUCAGGAGAACCGCUGGCACACGGUGUCUCCGAUGGGAACCAGGAGGAAACACCUGGGCUGCGCGGUGUACCAGGACAUGAUUUACUCCGUGGGAGGGAGAGACGACACCACAGAGCUGAGCAGUGCGGAGCGAUACAACCCCCGCACAAACCAGUGGUCUCCUGUCGUGGCCAUGACGUCCAGACGGAGCGGGGUGGGCUUGGCUGUGGUGAACGGUCAGCUGAUGGCAGUGGGAGGCUUCGAUGGGACGACGUAUCUCAAAACUAUAGAAGUGUAUGACCCUGACGCAAACACAUGGAGGUUGUACGGAGGAAUGAACUACCGCCGGCUAGGUGGGGGGGUGGGCGUCAUAAAAAUGACUCACUGUGAAUCCCACAUAUGGUAACCCCAAACCUUAGCCCCUCCCCCCCACACAUACACAGUCACACACUUCUCAUCACGCUGCAAAGGAUGUCUCUUUUCACCGACUCCUGUGCCUCCAAAAGAGACGCUGCAAUUCAUGCGAGGAUGAGAAAAAAGUGGUGGGUUGGGGAAGAGAAGGAAAGAGGGACAAACUUUGAACUCAUCCCCCACUCUGAGGUCAUUCACUUCAGAAUGCCCUGCUUGUCUUCAUUGAUUGACCACCAUGAAGUGCACUGAGAGCUGAACUCCACCGAGGAACAUAUAGCUUCCAGUUUCCCCAGUGUUCACCAUCUUAGCCUCUCCGUGUGGGACAUAUCGAACUUUACAAUGAUUGCUGCUGCGGAAGAUGACCUUACACAUCUUAGGUUUGAAAAAGGUUUAAGCACCAGGUCCCUGGAAGAAGGAUUUUCUCAGUCUGUCCAACUGUGAAAGCACCUAUCACCUUCCCUUGUUGUCAUAUGCCAGCCCCCAAAACGUUGGUUACUGACCACCACCCUUAAUGAGUUUCAAAGAAAACAGCAGACUAGAAAAGCUUCUGUUAAUGGUGUAUGAUUCAUAUUUUUCAAGAAACUCAACAUUAGUGUUAAAUUGACUCUGUUACAUUUUUAAAUCUACACUUUUUUUUUUUUUUUUACCAUGCAUACAUCUCAGCUGUGGCUGUCAUGUCUCUGGGCCUCAUUUGUAGCAUCAAACAGUGGAAAGCUGUCAGGCAGUCUAUUUUAUGAAGGCUAGGUGUUAUGGCUCGAUACCCUGCGAGGAAAAACAUAACUUAUUUCACCAGAAUGAUGGAUAGUGUCCCUUGUUUUUUUUGUAUGAGGAAGUCACCGCAACAUUUCCUUGUAAAGUUGUUGAAGGGGGGUCACUGCUUCUGCUCACCUGCGGCUGUUUGCUCCACAAGUUACCGAAAGAAGUUUGUUUUUAAAAAAAAUCUAAACUUGUUUGAUCUAGACAGCAACGAGGCCCAAGUCAGUUCAGAAAUAUUAAUAGAAAAAUGCAGGACUCAUUUAUUAUUAUAAUAUAUAGAAAAUAAUUCUCUAGCCAACAGAUGUUUUGCCGUUUCAGGAGUAUACUGUAUAAAGCCUGGGUCUUUUCUCUUUUUUUGAGUCAAUCUCAUAAUAUCCCUAAUUCUGUUACAGGUUUAACAUUUAGGAUCAAAGUCUGACCGCUGAAAUAUUUCAUGACUAAUGCAGUAGUAUUCCCAGUUUGCCGCACAUGAACAUGAUUUUUAACUGUAUAUGCAUUGAAAAGUCAGUGAUUCAAAGUUGUGUUUUCUUGACAGUCAUAGGGUUUAGAAACGCACAGGUCCUUUUUGUUCUUUAUUCUCACUUCCAACAUGUUGUAUGUCAGUAUAUGCAGCACAGUGUAAUGGCACCUCCUGCUGGAGGAGAGUUGUAGUGCAGCAAUGACAUAGAAAACAAGAAAGAGCCUUUAGACACAGACUUUUGCAAAGAUUGGGGAUCUUGCAAGGUUAAUAUUUAAAACACUACAACUAGAUUCUGUUUGAGAUUAUUUCCCAUCCUGCCCCAGGUAGAAAUGCUCUCAUGUUCACUGUGUAACACCAGUUUCUAAAACGUUUCCACAGUCCCAACAUAACCCACACUUAUUAUGUUGUCUCCCUGUUUAAUGUCUGCACAAAAGUGGUGGUUAAUAUAAUAAAAGACUGACUAAAAACAGCUUGGUUUAACAUCAACUUCACCAAGAUCACAGGAGUGUGUAACAACUAGCAAAACUAUUGUGAUUUUAUUAGACAUUGUAAUGUUUAUGCGUCAGAGAAAUAGCUUGAAGUGGUCCCUAAGUGAUCUUAGCUCAAUGUGAACUAAAGUGGAGAUAGUUUGAAUAUAUGGGGAAAUUGGUUUGAAUGAAUCUCAAAUUUGUUUGCACUGUGAUUGGAAAUGUAUUUUAGAUUGUAUUUUUGUUCCCCCUUAAAUAUAUUUUAUAUGGGUGUUCAGAUGUGGGAGGGGGGGGGGGUCAACAAUUCUUAUGGGAAGACAUUUCAGGCCCUCACAUGGAGGAUGUAUUUCACAGAUUCAACACAACAUGGUUAGACUUGCUCUGUGUCACAUACAUGCGGAACAAAUGCAACGUUACAACGCUGGUGUUAUGCAUUAUAAUAACCUCUUUUCCUAACCCUAAUAUUGGUGUUAAUAUUAUGGCAACCCAACAUUUUGCUGCCUUUAGUUUUUUAGGGAGAUUUGAAGUCGCAGGAUCAAAGUUUGGCUGAUGAGGACAUUUUGUGAAUAGUUUGGGUUUUUUUGGGUUAUUUUGAAUUUGCAUUUUUCUUAGAGUUUGACUUUAUGAAAAAGGCUCCAUAACACACCCUCCAUAUUGAUUGUGGUGUGUGCUUCUCAAAAUGAAAUGUUCUUUCCGUUAUCAAACAAAAAAAGGAUGCAGAUCAGCCAAAUGUGUAUGCCUGCUUCUUGAAAACUCUUCCAAGAAUACUUUGCUAUUUUCACUGCCACAGAAUUACAAGGAACCCCCACUCAGUUUAAAACAUAUUGCUUUGGUUCCAGAACAACCUGUUGGAUGUUUUUUUUCCAAAUGUCAUCAGCUUUGCAGUGAUGUGCAUUUCAGCUUAUCCAAUGAGGUUUCAAUUAUUUAUUUAGUUUACAUAUUCAUCCUUUUUAAACUACAUGUUGAGAUUUGUUGAUGUUCAUUGUUAAGCGGCAGAAAAACAUUUGAACCUUUGAUAUUAAGGAAGUGUUUUAUUCGGACACAAAAACCUUAUUCCCCCCUUUUACCCACAUCUUUAUCGCUUUGAUUUGGACUGUAUUUGGUUUCCCAAACUGAGUGGGGUUUCCAGUAAACCAUGUAAGCUACUAAUGAUGCAUUUUGAUUGUGAUGAACAGAAGUCAGCCAGCCUGUGUGAAAAUGUGUUUUCUUUUCAAGCCUCUGCAAUUUGUCCAACAUUGUUGUUUGUUCUCAUGUGUCAAACAGCCGUCUCAACGCUGCACUCGUCACUACAGCAGCUUCGGCCUCACUAUGUUCACUACGACAACGAUUAAACUUCUUUUCUGGGAAUAAACCCCCAAAACAAA